UUUUUGGCAAGAAUUAGUAUUUUAUGCUACAGCGUAGUUUGUAAUGCAAUGGAAACCAAUACAAUGCCACUACACAAGUUUCUUUUUCUUCUUUUUCAGAAAGAAACGUUGAUGUGGCAUCACUGGAGCAAGAGGAAGACCGGUUAUCCAAACUUGUUAUAAAUGAUGAGAACUAGCUUGUGCCCGGGUAAUUCAAGUUUGGCUUGCUUGAAAUAAACGCUUCCUCCUCGCCGUCUUUGCCUUCUUUCUUCACCCGUCGUGCUUGUGGUCUGUGUGCUUUAUACUGGUGUCGGAGGUGUUUUCUCUACGCAGAGACAUGGCAAACUACCCUGAAGAUGCUCUUCCCAAGCUUUUUCCGGAGGAAUGUGCCUCCACAUUACCAAGCAUCCCGCCACUUCCUCGCCCACCCAUGUUCCAGCUCUCCUUAGACUAUCCACGUUGGAAGAAACGCAUGCAGGCGUACCUCGACAUUGCUCCCGCGAGCCACCAUUUCAUCCACGUCCUCAACAGUCUGUCCGACGACGCCUACGCUCGAGCUGAUGCGGCUGGGUUCAGCAACACCAACUCCAUGCGCACCAACUGGGAGAUACUAGACCAAUGUUUCGACUUGGGGCAGAGCUCGCAACUCACCAUGCUCAGAUUCUACUCCCGUCGACAAUUAUCAGGGGAGAGUUUCCUGGACUAUCUCCAUGCCCUCCAGCUCCUGGCAGCUGGUCUUGACUGCCACAAAGACCUCCCCAGCCGAGAUCAGGCAGUAUGCACACGCUUCGUCGAGGGAAUGAUGCCAGGUGAACUGCGCACACACCUACGACGUCAGCUCCCAACCAGCACAGUCGAACUACAGCGAAUUAUCCUCCGUUUCAUGGACGCGGAGAACGAUUACACGCCUACACCCAGCAGCUCUCGAUAUCCACGGCCAACAGCAGCCACCGUGACUCCCGCCCGCAGUGACCGUUCCAGAAGCCGAUGGCGUUCAAAUGAGGAUGCUACGCGUGGAUGUUACUACUACCACCGUUACGCAAAGAAGGCCCGCAAGUGCGGGCACAACCGUCAGCCCGACCGCAGUAAGUCCUAUAUUUUUAACCUGUCUACAUAUUCUCGGUCACAGCAACCUUUGAUGUUAUGGGGAUAUAUUAAUGGCGUACCCUCUAAAGUUCUCUUAGAUACUGGUGCGUCAGUUUCGUUUGUAAAGGCGGCCUUCCUUCGACGCGUGCCCCAGCACUCACCCCCAGUAUUAUUAUUAUUAUUGUAUCCUUUAGUUCCUAGAGGAACAUAGGGCUUCAGCUGCGCACCUCCAUUGACUUCGGUUUUCUGACAACUUUUUCAACCUGCUCCAGGUCUGUCCACAUGCUUUCAUCUCCUCCUCGCAUGACCUCCUCCAAGUCACCCUUGGACGACCAACUCGCCGCCUCCCUUUCGGGUUCCACUCGAGGGCUUGUCUAGUGAUGUCACUUGAUGGUUUCCUCAGCGUAUGGCCAAUCCAU